AUGGACGAGACGAAGGCAGGAAUCGGCGGCUUUAUGUCCGGAAAGCCGAAGUUUGGGCAGAGAUACUGGGCGGCUUUUGGUUGGAGAGCCGGGAGCCUUCGUGCUGUUGACCUGGAAAGCAACGAAGCAGAGGACUCCGUGGUGCUGUUCCCUUCAUCUUGGUGCUGUCUCAACCUGCAGCUUACUACCCUGAAGAAGAAGGGACGUGAAGACUGUCUUUCUACUCAAGACCGCCAAACCCGACGGCUUCCGUCUGGUCACCUCGUCGUCUUCAUCGUCUUGACAUUUCGGAUCUUCAAAGAUCGGCGUCAAGAAUCUUUGAUGCCAUCAUUGAUCAAAGCCAGAUGGUGAAUGGCACCAAGCAGAGUGUAUACGUAGAAAACCCUUCCGACGUCCAGCUUAGCGUCUUGUCUCGGGUUGUUUAGACAUCAUAUAGCCCAAUACCUACCUUACCUUACCUGCUGCGGUUUGACCUUUGGGGCACGGUUCGGAUUAUCACCUCCUGGAUCCGAACCUGUAUAUUUACACUUCCGCUCCUCCGCCCAAGAAUCUGGAAGAUCACUGCGUUGCUGUCCCACAAAACCCGAGAAACCCCCCAUACAUCUUUUGUUCUUGUCAGUAUACCACAUCAUUACGCAUUAUUCGGGGACACCUAUGGAUUUCUGCGAAAAAUGGUAGCUGCGACUUAUUUAGGCUUCAUUCUUUUGGCAACGACAUACCGAACAGCACUCUGACAGCAACUUUAGGUCUUUUAUUGUCACAAAGCAGGGAAUUUUGCUACUAAUCUAAUUCAUGAGAUGCCUUGUCAUUCUCACCUUUAGUUUCUAUAUAUAUAGUUACCUACUUUACCAACUUCCCUUUCGUCUUUACCUUGGUGUCUUUUACUCACCACCCAAGCCGGCAACUGGAACCUCGCAAAGACGACACCUCAUCAUCGCCGAGUCUCAUACGAGGA